GUUCCAUGGUUGCGCCGUCGAGGAUGGGGCCAAUGGCGGCGCUCUCGGCGGUCUUGAUUUCGGUGCUGGUGUCGCAAGCCACGGCCUUCCGCACUGAACCCGGCGCUGUGUCAGCGCCGACUCGUCGAGGUAAAGAACACCAGCCUGAGGGAGAGCGACCUGUACGCGUGGGCAGGAACACGGACCUGGAGACAGUGCCGUGGAUCCUUCCGGGCGAGCGGGAGGGGAUGGAGCCUCCGCGUCCGGGGCGCUGGCGCGGAUCUCACGCGUUGGAUUGGGAGCAAGCAUCAAAAGAGGCUCCGAACGCCAAGGAGAUUCUGCUGGCUGUCGGAGGCGGUACGGGUGCAGGUACUGGAACUGGAAGUGCUGCUAUGGACCGGGACCUCAUUCGACGCAUGCGCUACCAAGACAAGCUGGUGCUGUGCCUGAUGAUCUUCGCCUACUUUGUUGCCUUGAUCUUCACGGCCAGCUUAGCCUACCGCCAGGCUGGAAACAACUCGCCGGUGAAAUUCUACGGGGACCCUCGCGUGGAAGAUUUAAUGAUCGACACCACAGAGGUUGAGGAUUUCCUCCAUGUCUUCUCGCAGCCUCCGAGGAGAGUUCAGCUUUGUGUCCAGGGGCUGCUGCCGGUUCCAACUCUGUUGACCCACAUGGCGGAUGGCUCAACGGAGUGGCAAGGAUGCUUCUACCGCCACGUGUUUUGCUUUGGGCUGGACCUGUCGCCCUUCAUCGUGCACGCGGACGUGGACGAGGAUGCUCCGGAGGGGCAGAUAAAUGGCGUGCACGCGGACGAGGUCGAAAUCCUGAGGAAGUUCCUUCGGGAAAACAGGAACGACCUGGCAACAGUACAGUUGGCCAAAGAAGUAUCCUGGGAUGGCUGGGAGGAGCUGGCCACCAACAUCAAGCACAAGAUUCGACAGAAGGGAUUUGAAGGCCUGAUACAUGUGAGUUGGAGAAACACAGAGCUGCUGACAGUGUACAAGAACCGUACGUGGGCGAACUUCCUCCACCGUGGCAUCACCCGCGUCCUGCUUGCUUUGAGCAUCAUUGGCUACGCGUGGUAUGUACCCUACAUGUACGUCAGACAACGGGGUCCGGAAGUUCAUCCAAAGUUCAAGGUUGACAUCGACAUUCAGAGUUACUGGCGGCUCAUCGGCGAGAAGAUCAAUGAGAGGGGCUUUGACCCUCAGUAG